GCCCUGGGCCGGUAUGUCCACAUAAGAAAAUGGCGUUGCUACAGAAUGUGUUUUGAAAGGUCCAGUCAAGAUAAUUUCAUAUAAUAUUUUAUCAAUAUGGACAUCUCAGCUAUGCUUGAGGUACAAGUAGACGAAGUGAAAGAGGUUGAUAGUAAGGAGAAUGUUACACCGAAGGAUUUAAUUCCCUCUGUAACCAUUGCCCCACCACCGAUUUCUCAAGACGAAAAUAAUUUUUAUAAACUUAUGUUCGGAAAUGAUAUUUCUAUAGUAAGGUUUCGUAAAAUUCAUUGUACGGCAUGUGAUGUUCAUAUUGGUUCUGCUCCAGCACAAGCUCAUAAUAUGUUAGAACAUCCUGUAUUACAUACAUUGUUAUGUGCUAAGUGUAGAGAAUUUUAUGGAGAUGGUACUUUUGAACAAGGAGACGAUGCUACUGACAUGUUUUGUAGAUGGUGUGCAAAUGGUGGCAAUUUAUAUUGUUGUUCUUAUUGCAGUAAUACUUUUUGCUAUAAAUGUAUUAAAAGAAAUUUUGAUUCCUUAGUCAGAAAAAAAAUUGAGGCUGAUGAAAAAUGGAAAUGUUUUGUUUGUAAUCCAGUGGAUUUAUAUACUGCUAGAGCAACAUGUUGGGCUUUGUUACAGCAUGUACAAGCCGUUGCAAGGAUAUUACAAAAUGAUAGAGGAAUAUCUCCAGAAGAUUUAGAAGAAAGAAUGAAUUUAGAUGAGUCUGAAUGUUGCCCACGUAGAAGAAAGCGUAAACGCAGAAAGACUGGGUCUAAUUCUGAAGACGAGGAUGAAACAUAUGAUCCUAAUUUUAAUAAUGAACCAAUAACAGCAAAGCGUAGAUCAUUAAAAAGAAAAUACAAGCAUAGAAGAAUAACUAUAUCUAAUGGAACUGUUCCAAGAUUGGUACCUAUAAAACAAUGUUUUUCUUCGUCCACUGAAAAUAAUUCAAUGUCUCCUGAAGUAAGCACAUCAUUAUGUUCUGUUGAAAGUAUCAACAUUGAUAAUGCCACUGCAAAAUUAGGUAGUGCAUCUGUUUCAUCUGUUUCAAUACAAACACAGGAAAAUUCGUUAUCUUCGCGAUCUGAUCAAACCAUUCAAGAAAAGAUUGAUCCACCCAAUGUGAAGACAACUUCGUAUAAUUCUACUAUCAAUGCAGUACCCACUGUAAAAUUACUGCAAUCCACAGCUGCAUUUAAACCAAUGCAUACUAUAAUAGCUUCACGAGUUCAGCCAAAAAAUUCGUUUCAAGCUACAUAUUAUCCUGCAACACAAAUGGUAACUAUACCAAAUCAAAAACAUCACAUAAUGUUAAACAGAUCUCGAGUUUUACUACCGAAACCAAAAAAAGUGGUACAAAUGAUGAUGACACCAAAUGUUAUAAAUUUGGAUAGUGAUUCUGACGAACCAUCGGCCGUUCAAUUGAUGAAUUCUCAAAAUAUGCAAAACAUGCCUCUUCAUAAGAAUGUUACAUUUAAUACUGAUCCACAAUCAACAAUAGCUGUUCCUGUAGCACUUGUGAGUACAGAUAACAGUUGUAGUAAUAAUAGAAUAAAAAUAAAUGAGGUAGUAGAACAGCCUUUACGCGAGUUGUGUACAAAUUUCAAAAAAAGUGAAAAAAAUUUUAGUCAAAUUGUAUUUCUUCCAUAUAAAGAACAAUUUAAUCAUAUCUUAGAUAAUCUUAAAAUUAAAUUUCAUCAAAUACUGGAAAAUAAACGAAGUGAAGGAACAAGUACGAAUAUUAUACAAGAAGCACGAUCUAAAAUUCAGUAUCUUUAUGAUGAAAUUUGCAAUACUAUAACACAAUUAGUAUAUAUUAAUGACAGGAUAGUACGAGACCAUGGUAGUUGGGAAAGAUCUCAUAAUGCGGAAAAUAAAGUAGUAGAAAAGCGAAUGACCAGGCCGCUAUCAUUGGAAGAAAAUAAUAAAAUACCACUUGAUAUGAUUUGUGUAUCUGAUACUAUAGAAUCUGACAAUGAAGAUGUGAUAACUAUGGAUCCAUCUGAGCUUGUUCUUUCAACUAAUAUUUUGGAGGCAUUUUCCAAAAAGAAAAGAAUGGUUAAUCAAUGUGUUGGAAGUCCUUCUAUUUUUUAUGCAGAUAAGUCAAUACAAGUGUUUGACUUUGAAUCAAAGGAUUAUGAAAAAACAAUUGGUCAUUCGAUUUUAAUGAAAGCCAACAAUGAUUCUUCAGUUAAGGAUGAUAAUUUACAACCUAUAAUUACGUCAAAUGAACAUUUUGGCAAAUAUCAAGAACAAUUUAUAUUUUAUUUACAACAUAUUGAAGAUAAUGGAAUCGAGAUAGAUGACUCUUCCAAUGAUGUUGUUUUAGAAAGUCUUACAAGUGUAGAGAUGGAUUCAAGUACUCCAGAAAUAUUAAUUAAUGAAAUUCCAUCCAUUAAUUUAAGCAAAUCUAAAUUAAACGAUCUGCCAACGACGCAAAGAAAUUAUGAAAAAGAUCGUAAAACAAAAACUAUGAACAAUGUACCAGAAGAAUUGUUACUUUCAGUUUCGAAACCUGUUCCCAAUAAUCUCAGGUUAGAAGAAACUUCAAUUCAUAAUAGAAGUAUAAAUGCAGAAAUUGAAAAAAAACAUAUGAAAAUAGCGAGCAGUACAUUACCUAAAACACAAAAUUUAGAUAUAAAAAAGGCGAUAGAGACUGUUAUAAAUUCAUUAAUUGCUAAUGAAACUAAUUCUACUGAGAAUCUAAACAAUGCUACUACAGAAGAUGAUAUUACCAUUAUCGAAGAUUAACACAAUAAUAGAAAAACGUAAUGAAAGCGACCUAAAUUUAAAAAGUGAAGUGUUGUUUAUUAUUAUCAAGCAAAUUAAUUUGUGCUUAUAAAUAGGAGCAUACCUAAUAAAAUUUCCAACUUCUUUAUUGUUAAUAUUUGUCAAUAUGAAAAUAUAGAUUUAUCGUAAUAAAAAAAAAGGUAUAUAUAAUACCUAUAUAUUAUACAUAUAACAUUUAUUUGGUGACAUUAUUGCACCUAUAUUUAUUUAAUAAAAUUGAUACUUUGAUUUUAAAGUAAAGUUAGAGAAUAAUUAUAACGAAGAAUUAAUUGUUCGAAUUAAACAUUUCCAUUGCAAUGCAAUUGUACAUUUAUAUAGUACUGCAUAAAAAUCUUAAUUUCUUGAAAAAAAGAAAAAAAAAAGAUUAACAAUUUUCAUUACACACAGGAUUAUUGUAUAUUUAAUAACUUUAGUAUUUUUUCCUUUAAUAUAAAGUUUAAAGUAUAUAUUUGUAUUAUAUUUAACGAUAAAGUAAGGUAUAAAAAGUCAUUCAUCAUAUAAUAACAGUAAUACUAUUACUAAUAACAAUAAUAAUAAUAAUAAUAAUAAUAAUAAUAAUAAUAAUAAUAAUAAUAAAUAAUAGUAAUAUAAUAAUUAACAUUAUUGUAUAUUAAUUUCUAUAAAAGUUGUUCGAAUGAUGAUUACUGAAGGGGAUUAAUAACAUUGUAUGUAUAUAUAUUUGUCCAAAAGUUAGUAUUCCUAUCAGUGAAAAUCUCUUUUACUUUCCUAAUCAUAUUAUAUAAUGCUUUUAUUAUUUAGCAGAAGUAUAUUGUCAAAUAAUGCUACUGCCAGUUAUAUAUAUAUAUAUAUAUAUAUAUAUAUAUAUAUAUAUAUAUAUAUAUAUAUAUAUAUAUGAUUAAUUAAAGAAAUAAUACUUACUUUUAUAUAUAUAUAUAAUACAUGACUUGUUAUUGAAAAUUAAUAUAUAAAAAAAACAAAAGAUCGGAAAACACAUUUGUUGUAUAUAAAUAACCAAAAGAUUAAUUUUAUCAGGAUGCAUUAAAGUAAACGCACAAGCUGAAAAGAAAAUAUUGCAUCAAAUCAGAUACAUAAAGUUUUAAAAGAAAUUUUCAUUACUGUCAGAAACGUACUAGAAUAAAUGAAAUAUAUAAGUUAUUGAAACAGUAUAAUUAUUUAAUACAUAAGCUUCUAUUAUAUAAUAACUUUAUAAUAAUUAUAGAGAAUUAUAUUUCGUUCGAUGUACUUUAUUUUUAACGUUAUUCUCAUGUACACAUAUCUAUAUAACAGAUUUUCGAAUAAUUCAUGUAUUAUUUCCAUCCAAUUUGUAAUUUUCCAUACAUAUACCUUGUUAUUAUUACGAUUAAUAUAAUAUAUAUAUAUGUAUAUAUAUAUAUAUAUAUCAAUAAUAUUAAUAAUAUAAUGAUAAUAAUAAUAAUAAUCGAACUUUCAGUGUAUACACAAUUGUUUCAUAGUAAUAUGAAAGAGAAAAAACAUACUCCCAUUUUUUUUUUAAGAGAGAAGGCAGUAAUAUUUAACGCAUAUUUAUCACAUAUUUCUUUAUCAUGCCUGACAAGAUAUAAAAAGAGAAAAAAAAUGAGAGAAGUUGUUUGUUUAUAAAAAAGAUAUGUUAUAUAUAUAUAUAUAUAAUUUAGUCGUAUUCAAUAAAUAAAUACGUUUUUUAGUUUUAGUUACAGCGUAUUUUUUUUUACGAUUCACUUGGAACUUAUAAAUAAUUAUUUUAUUACGUGUUUCUCUUGUAAAUAUCGUGAAUGAGUGAAUAAGAUUCUCUGUGGUAUGAAAAAAAAAAUCGUCUCUAUACAUACAUUUCUAUCGAGAUAUACAUAUGCAAUACGUACAAGAGUUUCUCGAAUAUGAGGAAUAUGAGUAUUUCGAUAUCACUCUAUAAUUAAUUAAAAUUAAAUAUUAAAAAAAAAGAAAAAAAACAAAA